CGGAUCCCGGCGUUCUUGCAUCUGUCACAUCACGACACCAAUAGCUGCAUAGAGACGUCUUGAUUCCUACGAGUAUAUUGCCUCUGCCACUGACGACAUGUCCUCCACUCCAAAGAAGCCGCCUGUCUCUGGCGCAUCCUCCCGGCCUUCCUCCAACCCCUCCUCAUCCCCCGGUCAAAAUGCCCGUAGUCCGUCCCGAACGACGACGACAACGCCAGCCUCCUCUUCUACAACAGCUCCAGCUCCUACUCGGACUAGAUCGCUUCGAAAUGGCGCCCCGCUGUCGGCGCGAGCUGCAGCGCGGAAGCCGGGGGCUCCUUCGAAUCUCAGUACGUCGGCAUCGCAGGACGAUGCUGCCGCUGCCGAAGAUGCCCGCGCGGAAUCUGCUGCUGCCAUACAGGAAUUGAAGGACCAGUUACUGAAGGCAGAAAGUACAUCAGACGAUCUUCGUAAGCAAGUAGAAGUCUUUCAAACUCGCCUCGACGAGUCGCACAGCGACCAAGCGAAACUUGAAGAGAAGGUUCACGAGGAAGAAGAAAGGAACGAGGGUCUCGAAAAUGAGAAGCGUGAGCUCGUUCGACAAAGGAGGGAGCUCGAAAGCAUAUACGAAGCGGAGCGGGCCUCGUUCAUGAAGCAAAAGGACGAGUCACAGACUCGUGAAGAUGAACUAUCGGAGAUUAUCCAGAGGCUGAAAGAAGGCCAGGCGCACCGUGAAUUGCGGCCAGGGCCUGAUAACGACGGGAAAUUGUCACGGAAUUCAAGCUUCAGGAGCAACUCUAGGAAGAACUCUGAACAAAAUAUUAAUGACAACGGCCAGUUUGCACCUCCUGGAUCAGUUCAACGAAGCGACUCGCGGAACAGCUCUAAACUCCUACUACAGAAGGACAAGGUCAUCGAGUCACUCCGACUAGAGCUCGCUGAAGCACAGAUAAAACAGGUUGAGUUGGAAAACCAGGGCGGCGGUCGGGUUCAAGAGCUAGAAAGACUGCUCAUGGAAGCUCGUAUGACCAACGCCCGUAUCAUGGAGGACAAUGAGAGCUUUCAAGUUCUCUUGGGCGAGAAGACUCUUAAUGGCGAUUUCGCUCGUGGAGACUUUAUGCGCGGCACAAAUGAUAUGAAUGAGCGACCGUCGACUAGUAAUGGUCCGAGCACGAGUCUCGCCGACGAACUUGAGUCUGCCGAAGAGGCUGACGAAGCCGAAUAUACGAAACGACUUGAGGGAGAAGUGAGCAAGUUAAAAGAACAGAACAAGGCUCUUACGCUAUAUAUCAACAAGAUCAUCGAGCGUGUCUUACAACAUCAGGGCUUCGAGUCAAUCCUCGACAAGAAUGAUCUAGACCUUCCAAGCGCGACGACCACCCCUUCAAAGCCCAACACAGACAAAGACCUCCCACCUCCACCAGUUCCCAAAGAAAACUCAUCCUUCCUCCAGCGCGCCAAAUCAGUCGCCCAACGUGCCGCGACAGCAGCAACAACCUCAAAUACCACUUCUUCCGACAGUCGCAAAUCGCGCCCAAUGUCCUACAUCCCCCCACCUAAUCCUAAUGGAACGAUCCUCAACGAAAACCCCGACACCGCACCCUCUGUCCCCCUCAGAAACAACCCAAACCGCAACUCAUCUGGAAACUUCCACCGCCGCUCGAAUUCCGAAUGGCCCUCCGCCAGCAUUGUGUCAAACAUGUACCGCGGCCCCCUGCCGGCAAAUACUUCCGGCCAAGUCUCACCCGGUAUCGCAUCACCCCGGAACUCAUUCUUCGGUUCGCUGCCCGGUGGCCCUGCACCCUCGUCAUCCGGCUCUCGCGCGCCGUCUGCUACAUCAGCCCCACCGGGACCAGGCCACGCGCGAGCGCCAAGUUCGGACGAGAACAAUCGCCCUGGCACAACGACGCCGAAUGAAGGCAGCGUUAGUGCCGAGGGUGGGAGCGUCAGUCUUGACACACCAAGCCCGCCGCGCAGUGUUGCCAGUAGCUUUGACCGACAAGGCGGCCCUGGUGGCGGAGCCGUCAUGAGCGGACGUGGGCCUCGGCCACUGAGAUUGGUACAGGAAGCACAGGAGCAGGACGCGGAGAGUGAGAGGGCGCGAAAGGCAGCGAAUCGGGGCAGUUGGAUCCCGACUGGAUGGUUUGGAAACAAGGCGGAGCAAGGCCCAUAAGAGAACUUG